GUCAUUCCCGAAACUCUCUCUCGCAAACCCGCACGUACUAUUUUCCUUAACUUUUUUAGAGCCAACUACAUUACUUUAAACUUUAACCAUUUCAAUCUCAAAUUUCUUUAUCAUCUUUCUAUCUCUCUCUCUCCUAAACUAGCACCAGAGGUCAGCCAUGGCUUCUUCUUCGGACGAACAACAACAGCAACAACAACAACCAAGAGAUGAACAGCAACAACAACAACAAAAACCUGCUUCUUCUGAAACCAUUUUUCAUAAGACAAAGAUUAUCCAAUUCUGCGGGCGUUCUACUCCUAUUAUUCUUCAACACGACAAUGGCCCUUGCCCGCUCCUUGCUAUCUGUAAUGUACUUCUGUUGAAGAAUCAACUGAAUUUGAGUGCUGAUAUAAGUGAAGUUUCACAGGAGAAGCUACUGUCAUUAGUUGCCGAGAGAUUACUUGAUUCUAACAGCAAUACCAAUGAUAAAGAUGCAGAGUAUGUGGAAAACCAACAGCAAAAUAUUGCUGAUGCAAUAGACUUGCUUCCACAGCUUACAACUGGCAUUGAUGUAAAUGUCAAAUUCUGUAGGAUUGAUGAUUUUGAGUUUACUCCGGAGUGCGCAAUAUUUGAUCUUCUGGAUAUCCCAUUGUAUCAUGGUUGGUUAGUUGAUCCUGAGGAUUAUGAGACUGCUAGAGCAAUUGGUUCAAAAUCUUAUAACACUCUUAUGGGGGACCUUGUUUCCUUGGAAGCACGGAAAAUGGAGAAUGUGGCCAAGGAUAAAUGCGAUGAAGAUUGCAUUGAUUUUGCUGCUGCGACUACUGCAACCUUGGGUGUUCCUUCACCUAGCCUUUCAAAGGCUAAAUCUUUUGAAGAGUCUCCUCGUUCUGCGUCUGAUCAACAAACAUUUAGGAUAGGAGACGCUGAGGAAGAGGAACUGCUGCAAAGAGUGUUGAAACUAUCUGAGAAUGAUUUACUAUCUGACGUAGAAACAACAUCUGCAGGGGAUGCACUUGUAUCUUCUGAUGAUAAUGCGCAUAUGUUGAAUCCCACUCCUGUUAAUUCUGUAUUAUCAGAGGGACAUAGCAGCAGUGGACCAUUAGAUGUGGAGCCUUCUGUAUCAGGUUGUGACGAUGCGCAUGGCCAUUCUGACAGAAUUGUUCCUUUAUAUGAAGAACAGGCUGUUUCUCUUACAUUGACCGAUGUUUCGGAAAAACAUGGUGUCCAGUUGCCUCCUGUUCAACUCGGAGAGGUUUCCUUGUCAGAUGAUCUGGCAGAAUGCAACCCUGACACACCUAUUCUCAAUGAAACUAUUCCUUGCACUCUAGCGGAAGUUAAAGGAGAUGAUCAAGUCAGGAACUUGUCUGCUCCUUUAAUUGGAUCCACCGAAGGGUUGCAUAAACAAAAUGUAGAACAAAACCCUGGUCUUAUUGCAGAUCAUGCUGAUUCUGAGCUAUCUAGUGACAGAAUGCCCAACAUUGAAGCAGUUGAAUCCUUUACGUCGAGUCUUGAAGGCAGUGAACCUUUAUAUGAAGGGGAGGAGUGUAUACUGGAUCCAGGGAAAACAGUUUGUGGGGAUCGAGAACCUGUCUAUGAAGGUGAGGUGGUUUUGGCUGAACUGGCUGACAAAAGAGUUAAAGAUGCCUGUGAUACGAGUCCAAAUGAAGAAAUCACAACUAGACAGGGGGAACUUAUCAACAACUUCUUGAAUGGCAAUGCUCAGCUUACUUUUCAUGGCUUAUUUAGAUUGCAAGCGGGUCUCAAUGAGCGUGAGCUUUGUGUCUUCUUUCGAAAUAAUCACUUCAGCACAAUGUUCAAGCUUGAUGGUGAACUCUAUCUUUUAGCUACAGAUCAAGGAUACAUGAAUCAGCCUGACCUAGUGUGGGAAAAGUUAAAUGAGGUCAAUGGAGAUAAUCAGUUCAUGACUAGUAAUUUCAAGGAAUUUAAGCUGGAAAGCAGUUCCAAUGGUACAUGGGAUCAGCAGAAUGCUGUAUCUAGUACUGCUGACUACCUGGCUACCAUCGACAGCUCAGCAACAGAUGGUUCAAACAUGAACUCUGAUCUACAGUUAGCAAUAGCUUUGCAACAGCAGGAGUUUGAGCAACAACAGCAGCAACAGCAGCCGCGGAAUCCCCAACAGCAAGCUUCUGGUAUUGGCAGUUCAAGGCUCAUAACUGGCCCCCAGGUUCCCAGAAGCAGUGCAAAAGCAACAUCGUCAACCCCGAAGCAAGAUCCAAAAUCAAAAGACAAGUCCAACUGUAAAAUAAUGUGACACUUUCAGGUGGGGAGUUAAUUGUCAAAUUGUUAGUGUAAAUUUUGUGUUUUGUAAUUUGUUCGAUAGCAUAACAUGUACUUUAUCCACACAAAAUCUCCCUCCAGAUUGGUUUUGCAUCUUGACUGACUUACCUGGUUUUAAGUUGUAAAUAAUGAUGGUAUAACAUUGCCAUAGGCCUCGCAAAUCGCAAUGUGAAUUUUUCCCUUUUGGUUUC